UUUCCGAUCGUCGAUGAGGCGGAUUACUGCCUCGGUCUGCUGCUCCAUCAUUUCAGCUGAUCCAGAGGAUUCCCUCGGCAGGACAGUUCCUGUGCACGCCCAGCACAGUCCGGCAGCAUGGAUUUUAAUGUGAAAAAACUGGCUUCGGGCGCGGGGGUUUUCUUUACCAGGGCUGUUCAGUUCACCGAGGAGAAGUUGGGCCAGGCUGAGAAGACAGAGUUGGAUCCUCACCUAGAGAACCUGCUUUCUCGGGCUGACUGCACUAAGAACUGGACCGAAAAGAUCUUGCGACAAACAGAGGUUCUCCUGCAGCCAAAUCCAAGUGCUCGAAUAGAGGAGUUCAUAUAUGACAAGCUGGAGAAAAAGCUUCCUUCCAGGACAACAAAUGCAGAGCUGCUUGGCCAGUACAUGCUGGAUGCUUCCCGUGAUUUUGGUCAAGAGACGCCAUACGGCAGUACCUUGAUCACAGUAGGAGAAUACCAGAAAAGACUUGGAUCAGCUGAGAGAGAGUUCCUUCAAACCUCCGCCACAACGUUCCUCACUCCAUUACGCAACUUCUUGGAAGGAGACUGGAAGACUAUAUCAAAAGAGAGGCGACUAUUGGAGAAUCGAAGGCUUGAUCUCGACAUCUGCAAAGCACGCUUGAAAAAAGCCAAGCAGGCGGAGGCCAAAGCAGCAGCUGCACCAGAUUUUCAGGAGACAAGGCCUCGAAAUUAUGUUCUUUCUGCAAGCGCUUCAGCGUUGCUGAGUGAGGAAGCGGACAAGGCAGAACACGAGCUACGUGUUGCACAGACAGAGUUUGACCGACAAGCUGAGGUCACCAGACUUCUGCUUGAGGGCAUCAGCAGCACACAUCUGAACCACCAGCGUUGUCUGCAGGAUUUUGCAGAAGCUCAGGCCACCUAUUAUGCUCAGUGUCAUCACUACAUGCAUGAACUCCAGAGGGAGCUCAACAAAUGUGCUAAUGCAGUCGGCGCUCCGUACCAGUCUGCUGUUUCUUCUGACCCUGCCUCUGAUGCCUUUCCGUCUGUACCCCUCUCCCCUGGUACCACCGCACCCGCCUCCUCCGGCAAUAAGCCCAAAACACUGGCUAUGGAGCAAACGCAGCUCCCUAUCACAGGCACCAGAAAGGCCAAGGUCCUGUAUGACUACGACGCCCACGACUCAAGCGAGCUGUCCCUAUUGGCUGAUGAGCUCAUCACCGUCUACACCGUACCAGGCAUGGACCCCGAUUGGCUUUUUGGGGAACGAGGCAACGAAAAGGGGAAAGUCCCCGUCACGUACCUGGAACUGCUGAGCUAAUAGAUGAAAUGAUGUCACAGUGCAGACAUGCAAGAGGCUCUUUCUACUGUCACUGUCUUUUUAUUUAGUGCACUUCUACUUAUGUCUACUUUUGGCUGACAUCCUGAAAGCUCUCAAGCUGUUUGCAACCACUAAUAAGUAACUUCUUCCUGGUUUCUACAUGUAACACACUCAGCAUUUACAUCUUAGUUUGAAAAUAUUUUCCUCUUCGUAUCAGGCAGGUUUCACUCAUGGCCACAAAUCGUACGCAGGACAGCAAUAAGUGGGAGAUUAGGUACAAGUUUAGAAAAUUCCCAUUUUCUUUAAGUAGUUGGUGCACCAAGACUACACUUGUAUUGAGUUGCUGUCACCAAGUACUAGCAAUUGAGCAGUGAGGACAAGGUUAAGCACCCAAAUCUAGACAAAAUAAAAAUAUUAACCACAGAAAACAAUUUGUGUAGAAAUUGGUGUGAAUGCUGAAAAGCCGAAGCCAAAUGUUGUACAAAAAAUUAGGGCAGUUUUUUUUUUUUAAACGUGGUAAGAUAUUAGCCUGAUUGUGUUAGAAAUGUGCACAAAUACUAUUCAUGUGAUGGGAGUUCUAUACCUGAAAUAAAUCGGAAAAAAAUAUGUGGAAAGUAACUUUUCAGCAUUUCCAUUUUGAAAAUCAGUUUAUAAAUGUAAAAUAGGUCGAGGUGUCCCAAUCUGCAUAUGGAGUAUGGGAUGAUAUCGGCUUGCCUCUAACACAGACUUGGGUAUAAUACGGCCUGCCGGACGUUUCUAAAUCAUGUUUUCAAACCAUUAACAUCAAAACUGUUAGGAUUAAUGUACAUUAUUUUAAUAAUAAUAAUUUAAAUGGUUGGAAUCUGUGCUUUUGAAUGGUAUACUGGUUAUGAGAAUCACAGCAGCUCCGGGCAGACAAUAGCACAAAGCAGAGUGUUGAUUGAUUGAAACUAGAGAUGUCCGAUAAUAUCGGCCGAUAAAUGCGUUAAAAUGUAAUAUCGGAAAUUAUCGGUAUCGUUUUUUUAUUAUCAUAAAAAACACAAGACACACUUACAAUUAGCGCACCAACCCAAAAAAACCUCCCUUCAUUCACACAAAAGGGUUGUUUUUUUCUGUUAUUAAUAUUCUGGUUCCUACAUUAUAUAUCAAUAUAUAUCAAUACAGUCUGCAAGGGAUACAGUCCGUAAGCACACAUGAUUGUGCGUGCUGCUGGUCCACUAAUAGUACUAACCUUUAACCGUUAAUUUUACUCAUUUUCAUUAAUUACUAGUUUCAAUGUAACUGUUUUUAUAUUGUUUUACUUUUUUUUAUUCAAGAAAAUGUUUUAAAAUUUAUUUAUCUUAUUUUAUUUAAUUAAUUUUUUUUAAAAGUACCUUAUCUUCACCAUACCUGGUUGUCCAAAUUAGGCAUAAUGUGUUAAUUCCACGACUGUAUAUAUUGGUUGAUAUCGGUAUCGGUAAUUAAAGAGUUGGACAAUAUCGGAAUAUCGGCAAAAAGCCAUUAUCGGACAUCCCUAAUUGAAACUGAUUGAUUGAAAGUUUAAUUAGUAGAUUGCACAGUACUGUACAUAUUCCGUACAAUUGACCACUAAAUGGUAACACCCCAAUAAGUUUUUCAACUUGUUUAAGUCGGGUCCACAUUAAUCAAUUCAUGGUAAAUGAACAAUUGAACAAUACUGCAGUCUAAAACACGACAUAUGUCAAUAAAAACAAGUAUAACAUAAUUAUAAUUGCAUAUUACAGAUAAAGUCUCCAAGGCAUAUUAGCCAGUGUCCAGUAACAAACGUGUAAACAUCAAUCGACUUACUGCGUCAUGAGUUCAACUUAAUGAUUUAUUGUGGUCAUUCGGUGUCGCCAAGAAACAUUGAACUCCAAGCAUAAGUGCAUUUUAGACAAGUCACUAAUAAAUAAAUUAGUAUUUUUCAUACCAACCAUUGUUCCCUGGGUAAUUCCACUUUCCUAACUAACAUCGCACAUUACAAAAUAAUAAAAAUGUGUUUUGGGUCAAUAUUACUAUCUACCAAUAUUCAGGGUUGCAAUAUAGGUAGCAUGUGUGUCAUCAACAAAAAGUUGUAUCAGGACUCCCCUGGUGUUAAAGAUGAUUAAGAUCAAAGGCAAUUUGUGUAGUGAAAAAUAUUGAUAUAUGGGAAAAGUUGGUGUUUUGGAAAAUGGUGAGAAUGAGCUGGCUGGUUUCAUGUUGGAAAGGUUUGAUUUGGUUGACAAAUGUGUAAAUCAUGUGUGGCGUGAUAAAAAUGAUAGAACACUUUAUUGCAGAAUAAACAUGAAAGUGAACGUACACACAAUAAUAAUAAUGAACCUAUACAACAGAAUAAAAAUACCAACAGCAGACUGAUUACUGUUGUACUUUCUUCUUGAGCUUUAUUUUAACAUUUUAUUUUCAAAUCGAUGUAUUUCCGAACGUUUUAACGCUGUCAUCAAUUACACUGAGACAGAUAGAAAAAAAUAACUAUGGCGUCACAUUGUUAAAAACAACACUUGUUUAUUUUAAUGAUCUUCUAUAGCAUUUUCUCUGAACCUUUUUGGGUCAUUUCUAUUUAGCCUAAUUUUAUUUAAAAUAUCCACCUUUCUAACCCCCUUGUUUGACAUUGUGACCAAACUUGUUUUAAAAGUCCUUGUUCCAAUGUACUGGAAUGUGGCCAGUUGGAAGACUGUACUAGAUAAACGUAAUUGUCUCUAACUUUUUGAGGUUUCAUGGAUGUUGCAGACUAGAAAAACCUCCCAUAGGAUGAACAUUGUGACCAGUGAUGAUUAAUCAUGAACGACUUUUGUUGUGGAACAAUAUAGAAUGUACAGUGCUUGUUUGGCUUGGUCGACAACUUCUAACUGCGUAAGACAAGGGUGUCCAAAAUGCUUUAGAAAAUGACAGGACAAGCAGGUUCCUCACUGAAAACUACACUGGAUUUUCAGCAUAAAAAACGUUAAAAAAGAUAAUCAAAAAUCCCAUUUUGAACAUGUUCCAUUUCAGGAAAAACAUUGUGGACACCCUUACUGUAAUUGAUGUGAUUCCUGACUUGCACAUAAUCAUUUUAUAUUGUCUAUCAUACACUUUGUACAUGACAUUAGCAGCAUGUAUUCAGUUAAUAAUCACAAAAUAUGGCCACUAAAUCACGAGUGGCCAAACUUUUUCCAGCGAGGGCCGCAUGCAGAAUAAUUGAAGAGGGACUGCAUUCUGUACUUUUGUACAUUAAAGAUGUUAAAGGUGUACUGUAAUGUCGAAUUAUUCAUUUUAUUUUACUUUUACAACAUGAAGCGGGAAUAAUGAAGGAAGAAUGGAAGAAUGGACCCCGGGACAUCUUUUGGUCACCCCUGGUUUAUAGCAUCAGCCAAGAAUAAAUAUGAAUUCUAUGUUUGUGUCAGUGCGACAUCAUACACGUUUUUUGUCACCUUUCUGUUGCUUUCAUGUUUUGUUUUUUUUCUUGUGUGUUAUGUUUUCACUUGUUAUGGACAAGACGUUUUGGCUGACUAAGUGUGCAAUAAACUUGCAUGUGUGGAACAGUAA